AUGUCUGGACGAGGCAAGCAGGGCGGCAAGGCACGCGCCAAGGCCAAGACCCGCUCCUCCCGAGCCGGAUUGCAGUUCCCCGUGGGCCGAGUGCACCGGCUGCUCCGCAAGGGCAACUACUCGGAGCGGGUGGGCGCCGGCGCCCCGGUCUACCUGGCGGCCGUGCUCGAGUACCUGACGGCCGAGAUCCUGGAGCUGGCGGGCAACGCGGCCCGCGACAACAAGAAGACGCGCAUCAUCCCGCGCCACCUGCAGCUGGCCAUCCGCAACGACGAGGAGCUCAACAAGCUGCUGGGCAAAGUCACCAUCGCGCAGGGCGGCGUCCUGCCCAACAUCCAGGCCGUGCUGCUGCCCAAGAAGACCGAGAGCCACCACAAGGCCAAGGGCAAGUAGAUGGCUUUCCCAUAGUUCGCAGCGUUUUUGCUUCCUGACCAAACCAAAGGCUCUUUUAAGAGCCACCCAUCUUGUCACCAAAAGGC